AUGGAGGAAGGUCAAUAUUCAGAGAUCGAGGAGCCUCCCAGGAAGCGGUGUUGCAGGCGCGGGACUCAGAUCGUGCUGCUGGGGCUGGUGACCGCUGCUCUGUGGGCCGGGCUGCUGACUCUGCUUCUCCUGUGGCACUGGGACACCACACAGAGUCUAAAACAGCUGGAAGAGAGGGCUGCCUGGAACGUCUCUCAAGUUUCCAAGAACUUGGAAAGACACCACGGUGACCAGAUGGCGCAGAAAUCCCACUCCACGCAGAUUUCACAGGACCUGGAGGAACUUAGAGCUGAACAGCAGAGAUUGAAAUCUCAGGACUCGGAGAUGUCCUGGAACCUGAACGGGCUUCAAGCAGAUCUGAGCAGCUUCAAGUCCCAGGAAUUGAACGAGAGGAACGAAGCUUCAGAUUUGCUGGAAAGACUCCGGGAGGAGGUGACAAAGCUAAGGAUGGAGUUGCAGGUGUCCAGGGGCUUUGUGUGCAACACGUGCCCUGAAAAGUGGAUCAAUUUCCAACGGAAGUGCUACUACUUCGGCAAAGGCACCAAGCAGUGGGUCCACGCCCGGUACGCCUGUGAGGACAUGGAAGGGCAGCUGGUCAGCAUCCACAGCCUGGAGGAGCAGGACUUCCUGACCAAGCAUGCCAGCCACACAGGCUCCUGGAUUGGCCUUCGGAACUUGGACCUGAAGGGGGAGUUUGUCUGGGUGGAUGGGAGCCAUGUGGACUACAGCAACUGGGCUCCAGGGGAGCCCACCAGCCGGAGCCAGGGCGAGGACUGCGUGAUGAUGCGGGGCUCCGGCCACUGGAACGACGCCUUCUGCGACCGUGAGCUGGGCGCCUGGGUGUGCGACCGGCUGGCCACGUGCACGCCGCCAGCCAGCGAAGGUUCGGCGGAGUCUAUGGGACCUGAUUCAAGACGGGGCCCUGACGGCCGCCUGCCCGCCCCCUCUGCCCCUCUCCACUCUUGA